AUGCUGUUUCGUGCUACCAUCCUCUUCUUUCUUUUUGGUAAGUUAAUUUACUGAGCUUAUGAGGACUUCGUAUCUUAAUUAUAAGAUGAAAACAUGAAAUUUAACGCUAGAGUUUGAUUAAAGCAAAUGUUGAGCUUGACAUAGGGUUUGGGGUACGGUAGAACUAGUGUAAGGUUGAGCUAGGGCUAAGGCUGGUCUAGAGCAUUGAAUAGUUUAGUCUAGACUAGAUAAUGCGCCAGUCUAAAGCAAAUAACAGUUUAGGGUAGGGUAGGGUAGGGUAGGGUAGAGCAGGGUAGGGUAGGGUAGGGUAGGGUAGGGUAGGGUAGGGUAGGGUAGGGUAGGGUAGGGUAGGGUAGGGUAGGGUAGGGUAGGGUAGGGUAGGGUAAGGUAGGGUAGGGUCAUUUUUUAAUGCUUCAAUUUUAGUUUCCGCAACUUACUCGAUCCGCUGUUUCAACUGUUCUUACAGUAUCAACCCAACUAUAGGCAAUCCCAUAUGUUUGGAGCCGGAGCAGAUGAAGCAGAACGAGAGUUUUAUGACAGAAUGCCAGUACGGAUGCGUAAAAGUUCAUGUGGAUAUUACUGGACCCAAAGGAGGUAAGUUUUCAAUUUUUUAAAAUUAAAUUUGUCUGCCUAGAAUAAGAUUUUUAAGCCUAACUGAUAUUUAUAAACGUAAAAUGUCAGUUGUAAGCCUAAAAUAAAGUUUUGAGAUCUAAAAUGACAUUUUAAGCCUAAAAUGACAUUUUUUAAGCCUAAAUUAGCUUUUUUUCAAAAAGGCGAUUUUUAAGCCUAAAUUACAUUUAUAAGCAUCAAAUGGCACUUGUAAGACUACAAUAACGUUUUGAAAACUAAAAUGACAUUUUUGAGCCUGAAUUUAUAUCUAUAAGCCUAAAAUAAGACUUUUAAGCCUACAACGACAUUUUAAGCCUAAGAACAAUUGUUAACUUGAACUGGAAUUAUUAAGCCUAAAGUGACAUCUUUAUGCCAAAAAUAAGAAAUUUAAGCCUAAAAUGACAUUUUUAAGCCUAAAAACAGUUUUAAGCCUAAUAUGACGUUUUUCAGCCUAAAUUGGCGUUGUCAAACCUAAAAACAAAUUUAAGCCUAAAAUGACGUUUUUAAGCCUAAAAUGGCAUGACCAAACCUAAAAACAAUUUUAAGCCUAAGACGACAUUUUUAAGCUUCAAGUGGUAUUUUUAUGCCAAAAAACAUUUUUAAGCCUAAAAUGGCAUUUUUAAACUUAAAAUGAAAUUUUUAAGCUUAAAAUUCUACUUCUUUCAAUUAAAAUCAACUUUUUUUUCAGAAACUGCCUAUGCUCUCCUUCGUAAAUGUAGCACGGAGACGGACGAGGUAAAAAAUUUUUAAAAAUUUAAAAUAUUUUUAAAAUUUUAAUUUUAAAAUAUUUACAUAAUAACUUUUUUUUGUUUUUGAUCUUGUUUUAGGUUGGAUGUGAGUCUAGAACUGAGGUUAAGAAUAAUGUGACCUUCGACAUCUACACUUGCGUAUCCAAAGACGAACUGUCCAAUUCGACUGCCACUUGGUCGCUCUCUUGCUUGCUGUUCUUCAUCCUCUAUAUUGGCUAUUACUGGUGA